CAGUUGAUUCAAAUUAUAUUGAUGAGUAUGAGAAUGAAGAAGUACUAAUUAAGCAUGAAUUGAUACAUGAUAUGUGGAAAUUUGAGGAUUUAUUGAAUCUUUGUAAAAAAGAUCUCUGUCCGAUCAAACAACGAAAUAAAAAACCAAUCAAAGUGGUUACCAAAUAUAAUAUAUUCACAUCACAAGAUCCUUUUGAUAAUAUUUUUAGUUUUAGAAAACGUGUAUUCGAUGAUAGGAAUAUUAGAAGUUCUCAAAAAAGAAUUGGUUUAUAUAGAAGAUUUUCAAAAUACGAAGAUUAUACUUAUAGUUACAUGAUUCAAUUAUUAGGUCGAUACCAAUCAGAAAAAGUUGACUAUUAUAUUUCUUGGCUUGAACCUGAUAAACCAG